AUGACCUUCUUCAAGCGCCUGUCGGAUGGUUUCUGGUCCUAUGUCUCGCCUCGCAAGGCCAACAGCGCCGCGGCCACGCCCCUCCCCACGCCGCAAACCGAUCCGCCUGCAUUCCAGAAACCUGCAAUUCCGCGUCUGAGUCCAAUGAAGCGGCGUUCAAGUCUCAGUGCAUCGAUUCGGGACAUCUCGCGACAUGCUCGGUCUAUGAGUCCGGGGGAGAGGAUUGGCAACUGGCGCGUGCGAUCAUCAUCGAGCCAGGCAAGCUCCAAAUUCGUGGGCGGUAAGAGAAAGAGAGAGUAUGCAAUCGAGAGCCCCAGCGCAGGUCGCAUGGGCAAGCUACGCAGGGUAGACAGAGACAGCAGCGCCAACCACGGGUACGACGACUACAUCGACCAACAGACAGUCCUCCACGAAGAUGACGAUAGCAGAGCCACUAGCUCCCUCCGCCAUGCGUCCGGAAGUCCGCGUUUCCCAAGGUAUAAGUCUCCAACGCUGGACGAGUAUGCCGAGGAAGAGGACGCCACGUCUGUCGGCAACACCCUCGUUGUCAGCGAGAACCAGGAGUACACGCCCGCCACACGCCGCGUCGUCGACAUUCCGGAGGAGUCUGCAUUACCCAACAUUGACGAAGACGAACUCCGUGCGAAAGGCUACGAUGAUGACUACAUCAGUCUCAUCCGGCGGAUCGCGCUGCGGGGACACGAGCCACUGCUACCGUCAUUCCUCCGUCUCGACCACAAGUUCUUUCCGGAUGCCCUCUUCGAGGAGACCGACGAUGCUUUCAUCACAAGCGUUCGCGGAGAGCACUUCAAGGCUGGCAAGGCUCUCGAUAGGCUUAUAGACCUGGGCGGAAGAGUGCGCGAUCGCAUCGAGACGCAGAGUAAAGUGGCGCCAGAACAGCAAGUUAAGCGUCACAUGGAGAAGUACAUCAAGUGGGCCAUGGAAGACGCCGGAUUCGAUGACCGCACGAGAAUCCCCAUCCUCGCCAUGGAAUUCCAACCCGCUGGCACCGAAGCUGCCAUUCUCAAGGCAAACGCCCUGAAGAAGUGCAAGCGCCUAGCGAGCCGGUACCGCGAGGCUUUGCGCGUGAAGCAAUCGGUCGAAUUCUCUCCGGUAUCGCUUUCCUCCCGCAGUACUCUGCUCUCAUGCCCGCUGCCAACCUUCUACGCCCUCGUCGCUUCGCAUCAAGUCGUCGCCAUCAUGGCCUAUCGGCCCGACUCGGAGAUCCAGGAACUGAAUCCCAUGGCCUUCUUCAAUUUCAAGGAGCGCAAUUACGAUGUCUGGAAUGCACUUGCCCUCGCUAUCCUCGUCAACCACGUGCGUAAUGUGCACCAGCGGAUCGCGGACGAGACGGGCUUGGGGCUGAAAGAAGGACUUUCUGAUGAUGAGAUCGAUAGGAUGGCAUCUGACCCAGAUGCAUAA